UCCUCCUCCUCCUCCUCCUCCUCCUCCUCUUCCUCCUCCUCUUCCACCACCACCACCCACCCCUGCUCCUUAGCGUUUCAAAUUCGUCACUCCAACGCUCCUUCAUCAGCUUCAGUACUAGUAAGACGUGAGAUGGCCUUGCGCUUCAAGCGAACAUCGUCUGCUGUCUUGCCCAUAUACUCCAGAGCUUCAUGGCUGGCAUCAGGCCUUUUGCUCGCCUUCUUCCUUCUCGUCCAUACAUUUCAAUUAACGAAUGCGCAGCUGGAACCAGCCCCUGUGUUUCCACCGCCUCAGACCCGCCCUCUUCCCAAAGUCCAUCUCAGCGAGCAGGAACGCGUCCUCCUCCGCGACGAAUCGCGGGAGAUGUUUUAUCACGCCUUCAACAGCUAUAUGGCGCACGCCUACCCUUUCGAUGAGCUGAUGCCGCUCUCCUGCAAAGGUCGGGAUUGGAGAAAGCGAGAUCGCGGCACACUGGACGAUCCGCUAGGGGGGUAUGCGCUGACCCUGGUGGACUCCUUGGACAUGCUGGCCGUGAUAGGCGACUAUCUCGAUUUCUACCAGGCGGUCCAGGAAGUCAUCCGCACCCUCCGCUUCGACCGGAACGUCACCGUCAGUGUCUUCGAAGCGACCAUCCGGGUCCUCGGAGGCCUCCUCUCCGCCCACUCCAUCUUGCUCUCGGAGGAGAUGGCGCCCGUGUUUCGCAAUGCGACCCCGCCUUACCAAGGGGAACUCUUGCGCCUCGCCUACGACCUGGGCCAACGCCUUCUUCCUGCUUUUGAGACGCAGACGGGCAUUCCCAUCCACCGAGUCAACCUGGAGCACGGGGUGCCUCGGGGGGAAACGAGGGAGACUUGUACCGCUGCAGCCGGCACCCUCCUACUGGAAUUCGGCCUCCUCUCCCGCCUGACUGGCGACCACAGGUAA